AGCUCAGCGCAAUCAACAAGUCGACCCACCCUGACACCAGCACCCCGACCAUGCCCUCUCUCCUGCACUAUCCUGGCUUGCUUCUGCUCGCACUGCUCCCCCUGGCCUCGCUCGGACUCUACAGCGGAGACACGGAUUUCUACGAAACAUCUGGAGUCGAGCUGCAGAAGGAUGCGCUCGCGCCAGACCACAAGUGGCUUUCCAUCGCCAGACAGAUGCGGAAAGACAUCGCGAGCGUCGGGGAGCAGUUGAAACGGGACUUCCCAGAAAGCGAAUUCCACAAAGCGAAGAUUGAUACUCCGCUCCUGAGCUCCACAGACGGGUGUCUGCCCUCCGACUUCAGCCCGCAAAAAUGUCUGCAGCGGAUCUACCAUGGUUUGCGGGUGUACCAAGCUUACCUGCCCUAUAUAGAGAGUGAGAACCUGAUGUCAGCUCGCAUGAUGGAUGUUAAAGUCGGGACCACCAGGCUGUUACAUUUAAUCAAAGAAACAGUAAAAGUAUAUGAAGAAGUUCGCCCGACCUCCUUACCUGAUGCUUCAGUGUGGACACGGAGAAGAAACAUAUACUUCAUUCUGUCCAACUUUGCAGACUUCAUGACUGACACCUGCAGGGCGAUCAAUUACAUGAAGACUACGAAAUUAAUCCAACACAUGGCGAAGGAACACGGGUGGCCCUCCAAACACGAGCAAUGAAUUUCCUGAUGUUGUAUCUAUUUUAUUUAACUAGUUACAUAUUUAUUUAUUUAUCUAUCUAUCUAUCUAUCUAUCUAUCUAUUUAUUGCAGGUAUUUAAAAAAAAAACUUUAAUAUUUAAAAUGUUAGAAGUUUAAUGUUCAAAAGUGAAGGGAAUUAAUAUUGAGAGUGAAAUUUAUUGGAAAUUUGCAUUUUGUAAAGCAUUUGAACUGAAGAUAAUGAAUGGUGAUGAAGAUAAUGGUCUGGGUUAUAUUAACUCCACUUGGAUGUGUUACAUUAACACAUAUGUGACUGUUUUUGAGAGAUAAAUAAAGCUUUAUGAGAUGAAAUAUCUGCCAUUUCGUCAUUUAUUAGCUGAUGUUGGUGUAAACAUUCGUUUGAGCAAAAAUUGAAUGUAGGGAAUAACUUUGAUAUGACAAAAAAAAAAAAAACACUCUAAAUCACAUUAAAUAUAUCCAGACACAUUAAAAACACGAAGAUCCCAAACAGCGAGAUGGAGAAGAAGGAAAACUGAAACAGUGCUGAAACUUUUCAAGGACACGUGCAAGGCAAUAGAGUCCCUUCCGAGAUGACGAAUAAACACCCUGGCUGUUUAUUAUGGGAUGUAGCGACGGUUUGGUCUUCUGCAGGAGCGCUUCUUCAUCACUCCUUCAUCCCCAAAGCAAACUGG